AUGUUUGCCAACAAUGUCAAUUCUAAUAUGACUUUUGAAGAUUCCGUGAAAGCUCAGAAAUCUCAAAAGGAACGUCAAAGACGAGAGAGGGAGAAUCUUCAGAUAAAUCGUUUGAAACAGUUUCUACUAGAUAACAUUCCCAAUAAUCCUUAUAAAUUGGAGAAAGCUGACAUCCUUGAUCAGACUGUAAACUAUGUUUACUCUGCUAAGCAAAAUAUAAUUAAGUUGGAAGAAACUCUGCGACAGCAAUCUAUGAUGAUUUAUAAAUUACAAAAUGAGAAUAAGCAACUUGAGAAUAACUUGAGAGAUUUCAUGUCCAUCAGUUUGAUCAAUACUUCGCCCAAUACUAAUAACAACGUAACCCCUGAUCGUAUGAUCAGUACUGAAAUUCAGAACGACUCACUAAACUGUUCUCCGAUAACUUCGUCUUCAACAUCUUCAAACCUUGAUGAGAUGGAAUUUAGCUCACCUGAAACAAGUCCAGCUGGACUUGCAUGUUACAAUAGCACUCCUCACUUACCUCGUAAACAUGCAAAGCUCAGAAGUUUAAAACCCGAGUCAGUCUGGCAACCCUGGCAAUAA